CUCCCUUCUCGACCCCGGCAACAACAACAAGCUCCCCACCGUCUGCCGCGCCAAUCACAAACCCUACGGGCUCGACUUCCCGGGGCGAAACCCCACCGGAAGGUUCACCAACGGGAAGCUCCCCGGGGACAUGCUCGUCUCCGCUUUCCGCAUCAAGGACGUAUUGCCGGCCUACGCCGACUCCACGGUCGACGUCUACGGCCUCCUCACCGGCGUCAGCUUCGCGUCCGCCUGCUCGGGCUACCACGACGUGACCGCGGCCGAGGUCGGCGUCCUCAACUUGGACAAACAGUUCAGAAAUUUCGAAAGGGCGUUUGUGAAAAUGGAAGAGAGAUUUGGGCUUCCAAGGGCAACGGCCACGGUUGGGAAUUCGUUGUUUAUUAUAUCAGCAGGGUCAAGUGACAUGAUUGAUAAUUACUAUUUGUUGCCAACCACUAGGGCUAAGUACUCCCUACCUGCCUACCAUGACAUGAUGCUCAAUAACCUAGACACUUUGGUUAAAAAAUUGUACAAGGCCGGUGCCAAAUAUUUAGCUAUCAUUGGACUUCCGCCGCUAGGGUGUCUACCUAUGGACACCACUGUCUUUUCGCAGUCGUCGCUAUCGCCGUCAGCGGCGUCGCAGAAGAAUGCAAAUUUGACCGGUGACCUUUUAAGGCGGGAGUGCAAAGCGAAGCACAACAAGGACGCAACAGAGUACAACGCGAAGCUCCAAGUUCGAGUGAGGAGGUUGAUGGUAGCAAUGCCAAAGCUCAAGGCUGUUUAUAUGGAUAUCUUCAACCCUAUGAUGGAGAUGAUUGACAAGCCUAAUCAAUUUGGGUUCAAGUCUACACUAGAGGGAUGUUGUGGAAGUGGUUCGGUGGAGUUGGGCCACUUUGCAAUGUAG